CACGUGGGAGCGGGGCAAAGCUGAUGUCUGUUAACCAGCUGAUCGUCCUCCCAGACAGAAAGGGAGAAGGAGGGGAGCCGAGAGGGGGAGUGACUACUGAUGCUCUGGUAAAUCUGCACCACAGUGUGAGUCAGUGCUGUAGAGAGCAAAGCGGCGGCAGAGGCAGCUGCAGCACCGUGAGAUACGUUUCUCUUUCUCUCUCUCUCUCGCACGAGCGUCAACAACAGCAGACGAGCAGGAUGGGAAGGCUGAGCCGCUGAGCAAGAGGAGGAAGUGAGACAGCCACAUAGAAAGCAACGAGGGAGAACGUCAAAAAGACAAAUCGACAUCUUAUUUUUUUUGAAACUGAGGUGCGGAGGAAGAUCGCCAGAUUUCCAGUUAGUUUGACGGCGAACGACAGCGCAAACUGAUCCAGACAAAGCGGAAGUUCACCUUUUAAAUCGGACGUGUUGCAGGGAUGUCCUGGUUGUCUCCUGUCCAGUGGGCCAAAUGGACGUGGUCAGCAGUGACUGGAGGCUCAGGAGACGAUGGGCAGCCCAGAGCAGAGGAUGAGAAAGAGGACAAUUCGGACUCUGAGGGAACCUUCGGGACUCCAGAGUCCGGGUCUCCCGGUGUUGUGAAGCUGCUGGGCCAGCUGGACAACGCCAACCACACAGCUCAAUCUCAAGAGGUCGAUUCCCUGAACAACCUUACAGACUCCGUACCUAAUAAGAACAGCUUCAAUUUGGAUCAGAACCUCAAUCUGACCCUGAGCACCAGGCCUGUUCCCGGAGAGACCCCCUCCCCACCGAGCCCUGUGUCCCAGCCUCUCCGGCCCCCGACACUGCCUGUCCCCUCCUCGCUGAACAAGCCCGAUCCCUCAGAGGUGGAUGACGAGGCCCCGGUGACGUCUGACUCCAGCCCGGACUCAAACCUGAGCCUAAAUCAUGACAUGGACCCCGAUUUGCUCAAUGGCAACACAAAACUGAUCUGUGACACCAACAACGCAAUAGUCUCGAACUCAUGUAAAGUAAAGCAGAACCAGCCGACGCAGAAAGAUGUAGGCGGACAGAAGGAUGACCAUCAUGGAGGCCACGCCACGGACGAGGAGAAGUUGGCGAGCAGUGUUGGGGUCAAACCGGAAAAAGACCAAAACGCCCAAGACUGCCUGGUGACUUCCAAAACUGAGGACUCAGACUGCUGCUCCGUGGCGUACGAAGACACGUGCAAACUGAAGAACAAACCAGAGGGAAGUGAAAUGCAGAAAACGGGAAGUCAGGUCCUGGAUUCCAUCUGCAUCAGUGAGGCAGAAAAACAGGCAGUCCUGACCCUCAUCAGGGAGGAGAUCAUCACUAAAGAGGCUGAGGCCAGCGAGUGGAAGAAAAAGUACGAGAGCUGCAGACAGCAAGUCGAGGAGAUGAGGAAGGUUGUUGCAGAAUAUGAAAAGACGAUUGCUCAGAUGAUUGAGGACGAGCAGCGCAACACGAUGAGCUCCCAGAAGGCUUUGCAUGCAGUGACGAUGGAGAAGGAAGCCGCCUUGGCAGACCUGAACUCAGUGGAGCGCUCACUUUCUGACGUCUUUCGACGUUAUGAAAACAUGAAGAGCACCCUUGAGGGAUUUAAGAAAAAUGAAGAGGUGCUGAAGAAAUGUGCUCAGGAGUAUCUGGCCAGAGUCAAGCAGGAGGAGCAGAGAUACCAGACACUAAAACUCCACGCGGAAGAGAAACUAGACAGGGCGAAUGAGGAGAUCGCUCAGGUGCGUUCUAAGGCAGGCUCAGAGAACAUGGCGCUGACAGCCAGCCUGAGGAAGGAGCAGAUGAAGAACGAGUCUCUGGAACAAGCCCUGCAGCAGAAGAAUCAGGAGAUCGAAGAACUCACAAAGAUCUGUGACGAGCUCAUUGCCAAAAUGGGAAAAAUAGACUGAGGGUUAUUUAAUGGGAACAAGACACUACCGUCCCUCCGGCCCUGCCUACCGCCUGCAGAGAUGCCCUGUGCAUGCCCCCAGCCAAGACGCAACUCUCGUACCCUGUUCCCAUCAUGCAUCUCAGAGCCGGCUUGUGUACAGAAGUAACUUCCUGUAUUCUAGUUGCACUACUUGUGACCGGAGCUUUCUGUACUUGUUAAUCAUAUGUCAUCACUCCUUUUGCAUCUCGUGCCCAUUGUGAGGCCGUCUGGAGCCCUUGUGCUUUUGUCCAUCACACCAGUGGAGAAACGACCUGCUCGUUGCUCCACUUAAAUUCCCAUGAGCUUAACAGAUAACUCCUCCUGCAGUAUGACAUCAGACUGACUCGCAGGUUUGUUUUGAAGUUUGGACUUGCACACUGAUGGACUCUCGACAAGGAUUAUUUUAUAUUAAAGCAACAAUCCAUUAGAUGUAUUUUUCUACAAAGUAAACAGAUUUUAUUCUGAAAGAGCAGAGCUCAGGGGUAUUGUUUAGGGCAGAAUGAGGUCGUUGUUAAAGUCAAACUGCACAAGUACUGGAGCACAGGAUGUAGGAUUUUUAGGGGAAGGAGCAUAGACCUCAGAGGCCUUGGUUUGUUCAGGAGUGACACUGAAAUUGAGCUGCAAGUGAGUUUCUUUAUCUGGUUCCUAGUCUGACACAUUUGGGAUUAUUGACAAUUCAAAUAGCUGCAGAUUGUUUAUCAGUCACAGAGACGUGUAACAACCUGACAAUCAUUGACUUUUUCCUGUGGGCACCGUUUUGUCCGAUCCAUUAAAUCACCGUGGAGUCACUGUUAUGUUGUACAAAAAGGACCACCACUGUAUGUUAACUAUAGUGCAUUAACAGCUGUGAACAACUGAACAUAUUUAAUAUUAUUAUUUGCUGAGUGUCCACUAAUCACAUUUACCUCGUACCAUGAGGCAACAGGAUUUGAAGAGGUUCUGUGUGAACACGGUGUGAUCCCUCAUGCCUGUAAUCUACCGCAGUGCACUAGUUACUGAACAAAUAAAUCUGUUUAUUUGCAUGUUUAUUGUCACCGCUUUGAAUUUUUCAUAAUACAAAUAAGUUCCUGAGCACACCAAUAUACUCUAGUUGUGUUUAGCCGUGGACUGUUAUUAAUGGGUGUCAGUGAGGAAUCAGAGCUGUUACCAGUAUGAUAAUUGAGUGUCUGAUCUGAUUGCAAUACUGUCUUUUUCUAUAACUGAAAUAAAAUGUUCUUCCCAUUGGACGCCACAUGUUUGUGAAAAAUAUUCUUGCGAAAGAAACUAAACAUUAACAAUUAUGGGAUUUAAAUGAAGAAACAUUAGGUAAAAAAAUAAUAAUAUAAUAAAAAGUCAGUUUUCAAUAUUCUGUGCAGUGUUUAUCACAGUUAUUAAAGUUAUACGGUGUGAUGAUCUUUUUAAAUCCACUUGUGAAACAAAUCUACUCGUGUGCCGUCACUUUAUAUGUUGGUUCCACUCUGACGUCACGUUACCUCUUGUAACUCAGCUGUUUGUUUUGUUUUAUAAUUAUCUGCUCUUCUUUUGACAGUUUGUACCUGGUACAAGAAAUUGUGAUCUCACACUUGUUGAAGCAGCGUAAAUGUCUGAACAUUUGCCUAAAUAAAAGUUAUUUGCUCUAA